UUUUUAAAAACAUGCAUUGUAGUGUAGAAAAAUAACACCCUAACAAAGAUCGUCUUCAUAUCACAGACUUUUGUCCUGGGUGGGAAUCGAACUAAAGAGUCUGAAUACAUUAAUGGUUUCACAGGCCUAGUAGGUAGUUAUUAUAGACCCGUGUGUUUGAAAUGAAUUCAAUUGAAUAUCUCUGUGUGGUCAUUUCGAAAGGAGGAACCAGUUCAAAAUUGUUGAUCCCGCCACGCAUUCCUUAGACAGGGUCUUGGCAGACGGAAAACCAAGUGAUCCUAUAAGUGUUCAGUUUAUACCUUUUCGAGGAACCCUAAUAAAUAGUAAGGCGUUAAGGAAUGCUCAAGGCAGUCAAUCGUUACUUCUGCAGGUUAUUGUUUCGCGGUUGUAGGUAGAAACAUAUCUGCCAGCUUUUAGGGACUGCCUUUCUUCGUAUGUCGAGGCGAAUGACAUUCGAUAGGAACGGCUAUAACUUAAGACUAGGUAUUAUUUUCUAAAUGAAGUAACGAGCCCUGUCCAACGUAACUGAAGUUUGAAAUGUGCUAAGUAUAUAGGUGCCUACAAUUUAGACUCUAUUUUUUGUUUCAGAAUGUUUCUUGCUCCUGUAAUCACGUUUCUCCUUGUGGGAGGAUGUUUAUCAGCUCCAGCCGAUGAUCCUAUUCGCAUAGACUUACCAGUUUACGAUCAGCCUCAGGCUGGUACAGACGUGCUCGUCUCCCAGCCGUUGGAAGCCGAAAACUACCCCGGUGGUGAGCCCCUAAGCAAUAAGGCUCAAGGGUCUGGAGGCAAUUUUGUUACAUACAAAGUUCAAGCGGCAUCAAACUUACUCGGAAGUGCUUUGAAUGCUAAGGCAAGUGCCCAUCAAGGCGGUUUAUUCUCACCACCCGUGUCUACCUUAGAAUCUGCGCUUGAAGAAUCAGAAGGAUAUGGCAGCCAAGCAUUGUCUUUCAAAGAGAACAUUCAAAAUAUGGUAGCAGGAAUAUUUCAGCCCAAACCAAUAGUGGACACGAUUACUGAAGAAGAGAAGUACGGCAAUACUGGUGAUAAAUUUGCCGGCGCCGGGAAAGCCUUAGUAGGGGGUGCCCAGAGUUUGUCCAAUUUUGUCAACUCCAUUCUGGAGGUGCCGGGAUCAGUGUUCAAGCAGAUUGCCCGUGCCGCCACGGAGAAGCUGAACAAUUUUGGUGGGAAACUAAUCGGCUUAUAAGGAUCGAAAGCCGCCUCCACUAGUUAAUUAAGUGAACCCGACGAGUACAAAACGACGAGUUACGAGAAUACGAAGAAAAUAAUACCUACAAUUUACUUUAUCCCAGAAUCGAUUCGAUCUUCGAUCUUUUUUUCAGGGCGUCGCGUGGCAACUUUUUGAUUACCGAUAGCGAAUAUUUUGUCAAUCGUGGUUUCGUGCUCGCACAAAUGUGUCAGGCGUAACCCUCGCAAAUUGCUAGCAGACAGGCAACUUGUGGUAUUAGUGGAAAAUGGCGUCAUUCUGACAUCAGAAAUAGCAUUAAAACGGGCUAAAUAGAUGUCGUACUCUCUACACUGAGGGUUUCAAAAGUAUAGGGUAAAUACACCCUUUUUUGUUGCCUAAUUUCAAUUUUCAUCUCUUAUUAUACGGGAAACAAAUACUUUAUCUUUCGAAAUUUAAACGGUCUAGCAAGUAUCAUUUAUAAAAUACUUACAAACAGCGGAGUCUUAGCAACAGGCUUCCGUUUUUACCUUUUGAGUACGCAACCCUAAAAACGUAGUAGAAUUGCAGCAGCGAAAAAUUGAAACUGAAAUUGUCAAUUAAAGUCAUGAAAUAAGAGGCCAGGUCGGGUAACAAUUUGCGGGGAUUAUAUUAGCAAUUUCAGAUUAAAAGUUUACAUAAAGUACAAUUGUUGGGUAGUGGAAACGAUGUCAUAUAAACGGCUAAUUACCAAAACUGAAGCAUCAGAAGCAGGAAGUUAUAUUAUGCAUAAUCUCGUACAAGUAAGUGUCAUGAUUUUUCUUGUCAUAAUGUUCAGACAAUGUAGGUACAUUUAUUAGAGCAUCACUUAGCUAAGCAUGGUCGCGAGACUAAUAAGUUGGAAUAGGAUGUAAGCUUUGUGUAAAUUGGUGUUAUUACUACCAAACUUGUAUGAUAGAUAACCUGUGUUGGAUGAAAACUUAAUCCUUAUAAUUAGGUGCAAUAAUGAUGUAGAGAUGAUUGUAUAUAAUUAAAGCUAACAUAAUAAUAAUAAUAAAAUGCUGUACUAAUUUACAGAAAUCUUGGGAACGGGCUCACAUCGCAUUUUACGGUGUUAUAGCCUAAUAAAUUAUUCUUCCGCACAUAGUACCUACGCAAUAGUUCUCUAUUCCAUAGUAUUCUUCGUGUCUGUUCUCCCACAGAGCAAAGGUGUUUGACGAUCCCAUUUUAGAUUAAAGUUCUUGACGAAGCCUCUGAUUGUUAGACCCGGUCCUUGUUAAGAGUCCCUUUAAAAAGUAGGUAUCUACAUGGUUUUUGCAGUUUCGCUCUUUUCUUAUCCGAAAUAAGUACCAAUAAUAUAGUGUUACAAGUACAGAGGGCCUUGUGACGCCUCUUCAAGUAAGACUUGGAAUUGUGAAAACGGGCCAGAGGACUACACCACGUAGAACAACGAUUCUCUUUCCCUAAUGAACAGUACUGCUUUAAAGGGUAGAUAUCACCAGACGUUGGUAAAAGUAAUAAGUUCCGGCUAUGUAUUAUAAGUUAGUUGGGCUUUUAAUCAGAGCCAGGGAUUUUAUUAAGAGUUAUGAACGAAUCCAAUAGUAAAAUAUAGAUUUACACAUCAUAUAGCGAGCUGAAUUAUCCCUACUAAUAUUAUGAAUGCGAAAGUAACUGUCUGUUACGCUUUCAC